UGUUAUUCUUUUAUCAAUAUUCAAUAAUAACAAUAAAUGCUUCAAUUGGUUAGGUUUUUAACCAUAAUAUGAUUACAAUAAUGCACUGUUUAAAAAAUUUUUUUAUUAUUUGACUAAUUUUUAUCUACUAUAAACUUACAAUGUAGUGCAGUUUAUAGUCAAUAAUCAUGGCCUGAAGUUAUUACAAUUUACUUUCUAAGAAAUCAAGAGGAAGAAAUGGAAACAACAACAAUUACAGAACCUAUGGAGGAAAGUCCUGAAAAGGUUCAAACAAAUCCUCUAAUACAAGUAGUAAGAGUACCAGUAAAACAUGCUAACCUUGGGAUAAGAAGCCAUGCCAUGGAUAUGAGUACAAUGGUAGAGCUUACAUCUUUUAGCACACUUGGCAAAAUACAACCUUUCUUAGUUACUAUAACAACUACUGCAGCUUUGUUAGUAGAUUUGCAUUGUCAUUUAACAGAUAAAGAAGUUUGUGGCUACUUAGGUGGCCAUUGGGAUAUUAAUUCACACAAUCUAUCUAUAACAACUGCCUUUCCAUGCCGGUAUUCUGGUAAAGAUAAAUCAGCUGCAGCUGCAGUUGAAGCUGAAAUUGCAAGGGCAAUGGAAUGGAAACGUGUGACUUUAGUUGGAUGGUAUCAUUCUCAUCCUAGAUCUCAUGCUUCUCCUUCCUUGAGGGAUGUUGAUUCUCAAUUAGAUUAUCAAAUAAAAAUGAAAGGACCUAGUGAUAACGGUUACACACCAUGCGUAGGUUUAAUAUGCUCUCCUUAUAAUACAGAUGGCAGUUGCUAUGAGUCAAAUUUUAAUGUUUUCUGGUCUUUACCACCUCCAGAAAAUCGGCCUCAUGAAUAUCCAAGACCAAUGCUUUUGAGUUAUACAUUAUCUCAAGAACACUUUCUUUCUCAAGAUACAUUAGAAGAAAUUAGAAGAUGCAUAGAAUAUUAUAGAAGUGAAGGAGGUAUUGAUUUCACUACCAACUUUAACAAUAAUACGACUUAUCUUGAACGUUUAAGAUGUUCUUUAGCGUCCAAGUUACCCGGUCGUAAUAGAUCGAACGGUUCGUAUUGGGAUGUAAUUAGAGAAAUGAUUUGUCCUGGUUCCGAAGAUGGGACGUCACCGGAAUUUCUGGCUAUGAAAUUCCCUCUGGUACCAGUAUCAGAAUCACUUGUUCCCUCAGUUCCACCAGGGGUUGGUCUUGCACCUAAUAAUGCAGCUGUCUUCCUUACACCUGUGAACUUCAAGCCUGAUGGUUCAAUAAUUACUCCUACAUCAAAACCUUUUGUAAUGCAACCAUCUACUUCUAGAGAUAAUAUUAAAAAGGAUAUUAUAACUACGGACACCACAUCCAUCACGCAAAUAAAAGAUGGAAACUCUACAUCUAAGCAACAUAUAUCACCAUCAGAAGUGAUGCCCAGCUUUCAAUCUGGGGAGCUGACAGUUUCUGUAAAAAAUACUAAAUGCGAUUACGAUUUUGCGCCAACUGAUUUUUCGAAAGUAUCUAAUCCUCUCGGAACAGAUAUUAGUAUCAAUAAAACGCGGUCAUCCACAACACCCGAUUUUCCUUUAGCCGAUAUAACGCAGCAAAUUUCCAAAUUCUCAGACCUAUCAAAAUUAGCUAAUUUUUCUACAGCGGAUUUGGCAAAGCUUUCUGGUUUUCCUAUACCAGAUUUUGCGAGAACGUCAUCGCCAUCACCAUCUGCAUAUAUGCGUAAUAUUGCAAAUUUGUUUGGCCCAAUUGGUAAAAUCUCUCCUGCGAGAGAUAUUGAAUCGAACGAACGGAAAUCAAAUGAUUUUGCUAUGGUUGAUCCUAUCCAGUCGCCAUUCAAAGCAACUAUUGGAUCUUCAGAAUCUUGUAGAAAUUUUUCUGCAACUCCGGAGGACUACACAACUGACAGGAAAAAGAUGGAAAUACAAAACGAUAACGCAAAACUCAAUCGAUCAAAUGAAUAUCAAGGAACUGAAGAUCUAUCAAUUUCUAAAUCUGAAUUUGGUGGGAUGCUGGAUAUGACCACGAUACAUAAAAAGCAACAACAACCACAGGGUGGUGACAUUGGUGAUUCAUUAAAUUUAUCGAAAGAUCGUCAGUAAUUUUCCAACAUGAAUGAUUACCGAUUAAUCAGUAUUUUACAAUUAUGAUUAUUUCAAUACAUUUAUAUUACAUUGCUGCCUGUAUUUUGUACUCUUACUUUUACUUGUCAGACAUUUUUACAUACAAAUUAAAUUAUAUUUUGUAACUCUAGAAAUACUCAAAUCAAUACGAUUAGUUUGUAUAUUUAUUGUAUUUAAUAAACCGUUUUUUAUAA